UGAUGACUAUGCUACAACCAAUGUGGACCGAAUCAUCAACAGGUCGUACUGCAGUUUCCAUGGAAAAGGCAUUGUAUUUGACAAUUUGGAAGCUUGCCAAUAAUACAUCAUUUCGACAAAUUAGUGACAGAUUUGAUGUAGGAAUGGGCGCCACUUAUAGAGCAUUUAUUAAAAUCCUCAAACUUAUAUGUCGUCUAAAAUCGACAAUAAUAAAUUUUCCAACUACUACUGCAGCUCAAAAAAAGAUUGCUGAUGGGUUUUCUCAACGUCGCCACAAUAUAUUUCCUUUUGUAUUAGGAUGCAUUGAUGGAACGCACAUUCCCAUAUCACAACCAAAAAAUGAUGCAAUAAGUUUCUAUAACAGAAAAGGGACGUUUUCCAUCAUUGCACAGGCCAUUGUUGACAGCGAUAUGAAAUUUCUGGACGUCUUUGUCGGCUGUCCCGGACGAUGUCAUGACGCAUCAGUGUGGCAAAGGUGCCCAUUUCGUAGAGCACUAGUAAGCGGUGAAUUAAAAAUUCCACCAAAUCACCACUUCUUAGGCGACGCAGCUUAUCCGCUAGAAACGUUUCUCAUGGUGCCAUAUCGAGAUAAUGGUUUUUUAACAUCGCAGCAGAGCAAAUUUAACACUAUUUUAAGCACUAACCGACUUUUUGUUGAACAGGCGUUCGGGAUAUUAAAACAAAAGUUCAGAAUUUUAAAAUUUAUUGGUGUACAGCUCGCUCAUAUUCCAAAAAUUAUUGUAUUAACGUGCAUGAUAAUACAUAACGUGAUUAUAAUCAAUGAAGGUCAGCAAAACAUUGAUUGCAUAGAAUUGGACGAAGAGGAGGCCCAAACGUCUGAAGUUAGUGUUCCAUCAUUGCAAAGAGAUGAAGCCCAACAAAAACGAAAUGCCCUGGCAGCGUUGUUUUCAAGUUGAAUUAAACGACAAUUCUAAAAUAAAAAACACAAUUUGAAUAACAUGAAAAUAAAUGUAUUUUAUUUCAUAACAUAGGAACUUUCAAAACUAUAACAUAUAUAUAUAUAUAUAUUUCUUAUAAUUAUAUAAUAGUAAUUAUUUAUAUUAUUUAUAAACUAUCCUGGGUUUUCAAAUAAAGCCCGUAGUUGCUUUAAUUCUUUAAGUUUUUCUUUUUCAACUUCAAGUCUUUCACUUUCUAUUUUUAUAAGCUUAUUUAUAGCUUCGUUUUCCUUUUCGGAUUCUUUCUCUAAGAAUUCGAUUACGUCAUUUCUCUUUCUUUUAACUGAUGUUGUAGGUGUUACAUCCAUUCCGUCAAUUGUUGCUGUGGUCAAUGCUGUCCGUCAAUUGUACAAUGCUGUCCGUCAAUUGUACUCGGUCAUUUCUAGUGGCACUUCAAUACUAGAACGACUCCCAAACACUUCAUCGAUUUCACUAAAAUAUUCCCAAUUUGAUGCUGCUUCGCCAGAAGUACUGUUUCUUUUCUUUAUACGCUUAUAAGUCCCCAUUAUGUUGAGAAAACACCUCGUUAUUUCAUCUCUUGAAAAUGGAAACGAGCUCUCAACGUCCCUCAUUUCCCUUAAAAUCGACUGCCAAAUUGUAUUUCUCUUUCUUUUUUUGCCGGAAAAUUCUGCUUCAUGGCGAAGCCUUGUUGUUAUUAAUAAUUUCUUCCGCUCGUGUGUCCACUUUUUUUCUCUAUAAUAUAAGAUAAAAUGAAAUGAUAACACAAUUUAAAUUAGUUACAAUAAAUAAAAAUUAUUUACUCUGCCAUUGUCUGUUCUGCAUACCAAAUAAAAUUGAUGCACGCUUUAAACAUCUGAUGUGUUUAAAACUGAGUUGCCAACUAAUUAGGAGCAUUAGGCGUUGCCAGAAAAUUCAAGUAUGACUUUAGGAACUAUAUGCAUUGUAAAUAUGCAUUGCAACCUGCGUUUGCAACAGCGAAAUGUCUGCCAUCAUAAGAUGCAGACCAAGGGGUGGAGAAUUGAAACUUUAGACGAGGAACUUUUUAAGUUAAUGGUUGAUAAAAACAAUAACGGAAUGUUGACAUAGGCCAACAGGCUAAUUUGUUGGUACAACACAACCGUUUCCAACGAAGCAUAGGCAGCUUAGAUUGUGACAGAUUACAAUAUACUACUGUGCCCAAAAAAUAAGACAAAAAUAAGUAUGUAUUUAUUUUGAAAAUUCUUUAUUUAUUCUUCCAAAUCAAUUUCAUCCCCUUCAAAGUAAUCCCCUCCCGAUGUAAUGCACUUAUGCCAACGGAUUUUCCAAUCUUUGAAACACUGGUUGUAGUCACUUUCCGGGAUGGCCUUCAGUUCCGUCUUCGCUGCGGCUUGAAUCUCCUCUAUCGUAUAAAAACGAUGUCCCCGGAGCGGUCUUUUGAGCUUGGUGAACAGCCAGAAGUCGCACGGCGCCAGAUCAGGUGAAUACGAUGGUUGUGGAACGAUAUGAGUUGAGUUUUUGGCGAAAUGAUCAUGAAUUACGAGGGCAGUAUGGUAGGCACCUUGCGUGGUGCAGAGGCUUAGACGCAAGGCAUACUCGGCGCCCCCCAACCGGCAUGGUUGGUGCUGACUAGCACUAUUCAGGCAGGUUGUCGGGAGCCGCAUGCGUGCGGCGACCAUGGACUACCACCUCCUGAUCCAGGGUGUCAUGCGACCCGUGCCCAUUGGAUGAUUUGCAGCCAGGAGGUCCAUUCGGCUGUAUUUUAACGGAGCCUUCCCAACACCGGGCCGAAUUGGGAAGUAACGGUGGCCUUACCGCGCCAAAGGGCUCUAGUGUGGCGGACCUUCCCGUUCCCCAUAUAGACCAUAGACCCGACAGCUCACCUUGUUGAGCCAAGGGUCGAACGAACAAGAUGAACGACCAAACACAAAAACAAACAACAAAACCGGAUUUGAUGACGGACAAAGGGCAACGACAGAGGACAACGGUAGCGGAUAAAGAGAAGGAGACUGUAGCAGCAGAGGGUAAGGGGGGUAGAGGGGUCAGGCGUAAGCCUAAAUACUUUGACGCUCUCACGCCAGAGGAGCGCUCGCUGUUCGAGGAGCACGCCAGGGAGGAUGACGACGACGUGCCCUCUGGCAGCGGAGCUCACCUGGGGGGAACGCCUGGAGCUGAAGCAACACCUAGGAACAUCGGCAAACCCCCCGCCGGAGGGUGCAGUGGGUCGGCCUCUGGUGAAUCGUGUCGGGCAGAGCCUGACGGCGCUAAAAGGAGAAGGAGGAGAAGGCGCAGAAGAGGUGGGCAACGCCCCCUCCCAGAAGCUGGCCAACCCGAUGGGUGUGGGAUCCACGCAGGAGAGGAAUGAGUGGCUCCACCAUGAGGUGGUACCUACGCCACCAACAUGAUGGGAAAACCCCGGAGGAGGCGGAGGCUCUAGCCAGGAGCAAGAGCCAAUGGAGCAACGUCAACCCGGCGACUGGACGCGACCACAAUGUGCCAGCUCGCGCGCAGGGCAGCGGUAGCGGCGGCCGUGGCCCGGUCAGCACUACGCUGCCCGUGCGGCGGGGCGACAGCAGGGCAUUGCCCGCAGGCACAAGCGCCCAGGCCGAAAAACGGAA